AUGAUUCUUUCCGGCGAAUGCAAGGAUCGUGGAUCCUUGGUUUUGGAUGAGCUGAGACGAAUUCUAGCGCGUGUGCCGAAGCUGACAGGCAUCCAUUUGGUGACGGUCCAAAAACUGCAAGAUAAAUACUUCACGAAGAAGGCAACGACCGAAUGUGAGGAGACGGCUGAAUGUAAGGAGACGACCAAAUGCACGGAGCUUAAGCAAUCGACAACCGACUACACUGAGUCUGAACACCACAUAACCAAGGCUAAGAAGUCUGUAACCGAGCGCACGGCUGGCGUGGAAUCUGAUGCGCAAUCGUGCGCUGAAUCAAACGUGCCUACUGGCCAGGUGACUCCCCCACCCAAGCCAGACGUCUCCAAGAUGUCGGCAUCUAAGUAUUUGGAGCACGUUGGCUUGCAACACGCGGACUUUUACCGAAUUUCGCGCAGUGGCGAGGUGCAACGGUUCCAGGAGCUGAUGGAGGCAAAGGCUACUGGCGGUGGUACGAGGGAAUCCGGCGCCGGAAAGCUCAUUUUGGUUGUCGAAGUCGGGCCAAUUUCGAAGAAAAGACGCUCGAAUGAAGCCGGACAGACAGAAUCACCGAACUCGUCAAAGAAGUCUCGGGUAAGUGGGGCCGAGUAG